ACCUGAUACACCGGGGCGGGAGCGCAGCGGAGGAGGGCGGGAGGGAGCGGCGCUGCCGCCGCCUGCGAACGCCUCUCGCCGCCGUUAGACAGCGCUGGUCUCGCCGCUUCUCCCUCCGCCCGCCCCUUCUGCGCGGAGCUGGGCUCUCGCUCCUGUUCCCCUCGGGGCCGGCAGCAGCGUGUCCUCCUCCUCGUCUCCCCUGGGCCCCAUGGCUUCGGCCGGCAGCGGCAUGGAGGAGGUGCGCGUCUCGGUGCUGACCCCGCUGAAGCUGGUGGGGCUGGUGUGCAUCUUUCUGGCGCUGUGCCUGGACCUGGGAGCUGUGCUGAGCCCCGCUUGGGUGACGGCGGACCACCAGUACUACCUGUCCCUUUGGGAGUCCUGCCGGAAGCCCGGCAACUUGGACAGCUGGCUCUGCGAGUCGACGCUGCACAGCGACUGGCAGAUAGCUACUCUGGCUCUGCUACUGGGUGGUGCUGCCAUUAUUCUCAUAGCUUUCCUGGUUGGGCUGAUCUCCAUCUGCGUGGGAUCUCGGAGGCGGUUCUACAGACCAGUUGCAGUCAUGCUCUUUGCUGCAGUUGUUCUCCAGGUCUGCAGCUUAGUCCUUUACCCAAUCAAGUUCAUCGAAACGGUCAGCUUGAAAAUAUACCAUGAAUUCAACUGGGGCUAUGGCCUGGCGUGGGGUGCAACUAUAUUUUCAUUUGGGGGUGCCAUUCUUUAUUGCCUGAACCCUAAGAACUAUGAAGACUAUUACUAGAAUCAUUUAAUGAAAAGAAAAAACAAAAAAAAGGAUUACCCCAUCUUUUCUAGCUCACAGUUUUUUUAGAACACUUGUGGAGCACCAAACAGUCUGCUCUGUUGAUAAAAUAGCCUUUGCCUUUUGGGUGUGAACACUGUAACCAGCUUUUACAACCAUUUAGAAGGACUGCAAACACUAGGAUUGCUGAUCUUACAUAGGCAGAUGCUGCAAGCUGCUGAUACAUAAACUUCAUUUUUCCUGACAACAAGCAAAAGGAUCUACGUGACAGCGAUCAUUGUAAGAAAAGUAGUUGGAAUGAGAAUGCAAUGCCAGCAUCUGCUAUUGCCUUCAGGGGAGCAGCUGGUAUGGGCUCCAUUUAGAAGUUUCCCUGUAUCAUAGAGGAUUCAGAUGUCUGAUAAGCUGGCAAUGGCAUCUUGUACAAUAGGCUGACUUGGGCCCUUGUUACUUGCUCAAAAGCACUCUUAAGGAAUUAGUUGCAAGGGACUGUGUUGAGGGCAGUGAAUGUAGCUGGUUAAUGACUUGUCUAAUAUCUGCAUUCAACAGUGUGCUGGUAGAAUAAUUAAAAAAAAGAAAAACCCAAACAAGCCACCAACCCACACAGGAUUUCAUGAAUUAGUAAUCCACAUCACCAUGCCAGCUGUAGCAGAUUGUUGAAGGAAGUCCAAACCCAGAGACAUGUGCUUCUGACUGUGUAGUUGGAAGUUGUCUCAGCUCUCAGUGUUUUGCUGGAGGGGUGAAGAUAAAGGGGAAUAGAAAAAGACCUGUUCUGUCCCUGAGACAUCUAAAAUGUGUGAAUGAAUUGCAGUUGUCCUGAGUAACCAUUUAGCUUGCAAACAUUGUCAUGAAAAGAAUGCAUAUGGAACAAGUUCAGUUAUAUUUUUGAAAGGUAUUUGUUAGUAUAAAUGAAUAUAUAUAAUGCAAAUAUAUAUGCAGAGGGAGAGAAAUGAUUCAUCCUAAAAUUGUAAUAUGAGCUGUGAUGCAGUGGUUAAAAUACUAACUUUGUAUACAUUCUUGAAAGUCUUGGAUUGGUACCCCCAAUUUUGAUUGGUGUUACAAAAUAAACACACAAUGGUUUGUCUUCUGUAUAUGCCCUUGUACAGACUCCGUGUUAUGGGAAAUGCUUAAAAGCUCACAUCAAGUUAAGGUAGAACUGGACAAAAAUAACUUCUUGCUAUUCCAUGUGUAAUAUUUUACUUGCUAAAAAUUCUUUUCUAAGGGUGUUGCAAAUUAAAAAACUGCCAUUUUUUAAAAAUCUGGUUAGGUUGUGAGUGUCUCUGAUCAUCAAGAAUGCAGCUGAGACCCCAUCAUGUCCAUAUUAAAACAUUAGCACUUCAGGAGGUAAUCUCUUGUUUUUAAAAACUGAGUUUCUAAUGGACUUUUUGGUGAUUAUGUACAUCUGAUUACUCCUUGCUUGGUAUGUUUCCCACUUAAAACAUCCAGAGACUGUACUCAUGAAAUGAAACCCAAGAUAAAAUAGGGAGAACCUUCACAUGAAUUAAAUCCGCAUCACUUUUAUUUUUGUUUACAAUUUGCUUAUUUGGAUAUUUUCAAUUAAUUAUAAGCAUAUUUUUAUACAAUAGUAAUCUUUAGAAAUAACUAUUUUUUUUAAUGGAGAAGUUUAAAAUAUAUUCUAUGUGGACCUCUGCACAAGCUGAUAUGCUGGGGUUGCACAUCCACCUCUACACAAAUGGUUUUGCUGGUUCCACAGAGAAGGUUCCUGAAUUACUGGGUGUUAAGGUGGCAUCUCUUGUGUUUCUACUGGGCCACCAUCUCCAGGGUGCUGAGGGUCUGCAAUGACCACAGGGCUGCCUUUAGGAGGUCACUGUGCAAAUAUUGCUGGCUUGUGGAGGUGGUUUAUAAAACUCUGGCACUCUGGAGUUCAGUCUUUACUACCGUGGCAGAAUAGAACUUGCAGAACUAGCAGUGAUUAAUUAGAUUAGAUGGAGCAAAAUGACAGCUUGACAUGGAAGGGACUGCAUGGCAAUGCCUGGAGAACAAAAAAGAUGGGAGGAAAACUUGGAUCCAGUUAUUUCACAAGCACCAAGAGAGCAUUUGUAACUCUGCUUUAUUUCCUGACUUAAGGCAGAUAUUCAGUAUAUAGUUCACCCAGUAUCUUUUUGAACAGCUGUGUAGUUCUGCUUUUAUUUAGCAGCAUGGAGAACAUUGUAGUUUGGCAUGGGAAUUAGAUUAGUGCAGAGAAGCCCACUGUGAGAAGAUGUCUGUACCUUUCUAAGAUGGUGUUUUGGGGCUGGCAUUGUGGCACUUGGUCUGUGCUGACAAGAAGGUACAAUGCUGAACCCACACCGUAGCCACUAAUUUAUCAAAUUGUUUUUCUUGAUGUAGAGUUUGAGUGAAAGCAGCUGCCAGGCCUAAGGCAGAUGCAAAUGAAUGGUGUGUGCUCUGCAAGUCACUGGCUGUUAAUGUGAAAAGUGUUCAGGCACAACAAUUUACAAACGUGAAUGCCUAAAGACAAAGUUCUUGAUUCACAGUUGAGUCAGAGAUCUGAUUUUCAGUCCCAACAUCUGAUUUUUCUCUUGAAGGUGAUGCAUUCUACUAGGACCCACCUCAGACUCCUCAGGACCUUUGUGUUUGGGCAUUUAGUAUGUGGAUUUAGGUACCUACCUUUAGCUUAGGUUGCUACUGCAGUGUCUUCUUUUAUCUCUUUACCAUUGCAAAUGUUGGCAAUCAUUCUGUUUCUCAGAACAGAACUAAAGGGAAAUGCAACUUUGUGCUGAUUCUUGGGGUUUUUUUAGCCACAAAAAAGAUGCAAGUCUGUGUCCUGAGUGUAUGUACGACAAAUUAAUAAUUUUGUAUGUUGUACUUGUGUCAUGUCACCAUUAUUUCAGUUAUUUGACUUUAUCUCACUGGCAGAAUGAUUCUCUCCCACAACAAAUCCAUUUUUUUCUUCCAAAUAUAUAUGAAUAAAUAUAUAUAUAUAGGAAACUUGCAAGCAGGGCUAGUUAUUUGUAUUUUUUAAGCUUAAAGUAUACCGUCCGGUGCUGACAAAUACCCAGCACCUCUUCUGGAUUUCUUGCACAACCUUCGUUUAGCUUUUGUAAA